UCCUUCCUUCCUUCCUACCUUCCUUUCUUCCUUCCACCCUUCCUUCCUUCCAUCCUUCCUCCCUCUUCUUCCUCUCCUUCCUUCUUCUUCAACAAGGUGUUGUUUUUGUAACUGACUACUGCUAGCAACGUUGUAGUUAUAGUGAGCAGGUAAAAUGCAGAUACAAUCCUGGCCGUGGUAUCGUUUAGUUUUGGCUCCCAUCCACUAGGUGUCUUAGCUAACGUUAGCUAUUCAAGUAUCCUCGACUAAAAAUGCGCCGACAUGUCACCUAGCAGCAGUCAAAACGAGUGGGUCGGUCGUUUAGAAAAUACUGGAGCUAAUCUUCAAUCAAAAUGAGUUCGUUCGCUGGUCGUAUGAAGGAGUAUCCCAACAUGUCUCUGGACCGUUUCGACAGGGAGAAUCUACACGCAAGGGCUUAUUUUUUAUCUCACUGUCAUAAAGAUCACAUGAAGGGACUGAAGGGGCCUCUGUUGAAAAGAAAGUUGAAAUUCAGUCUGACAGUCAAACUGUACUGUUCAUUUGUAACUAAGGAACUGUUGCUGAGCAACCCAAAAUAUGCCUUCUGGGAAGAUCACAUAGUUGCUUUGGAACUGGAGAGUCCCACACUAAUCACUUUAAUAGAUGAGGCUUCAGGAGAGAGAGAAGAACUUGUGGUGACUCUGCUUCCUGCAGGUCACUGUCCAGGCUCGGUCAUGUUCUUGGUAGAGGGGGCCCAGGGUGCGGUGUUGUACACAGGAGACUUCCGACUGGCGAAGGGAGACGCCUCCAGGAUAGAACUCCUCCACUCUGGGAGCAGGGUGAAAGACAUCAAGAGUGUGUAUCUGGACUCCACCUUUUACGACCCUCGCUUCUACCAGAUCCCCAGCAGGGAGACCUGUCUACAUGCUAUCCAGGACCUGGUACAGGACUGGAUCAGUAGGAGUGUGCGCCACACAGUGUGGCUGAACUGUAAGGCUGCGUAUGGAUAUGAAUACCUCUUCACUAACCUGGCGAACGAGUUUCACACACAGAUUCAUGUCAACAACCUGGACAUGUUUAAGAAGAUGCCAGAGAUUCUGAGUCAUGUGACCACGGAUCGAGCCACUCAGAUCCAUGCCUGCCGUCACCCCAAGGGGGAGGACUUCCUGGCUACCAGGUUGCCAUGCGGCGGCUCCUCUACUCCUCUCAACAUCAUCAGCAUCAAACCCUCCACCAUGUGGUUUGGAGAGAGAACACAGAGGACCAAGGUUAUCGUCAGGACAGGUGCCAGUUCCUACAGAGCCUGCUUUUCCUUCCACUCCUCCUACUCUGAGAUCAAAGACUUCCUGUCUUAUCUCCAGCCCAUCAACAUCUACCCCAGUGUCGUUCCUAUUGGCCGAACCCACGCUGAUGUCACAGAGCUGUUGAAGUCCAUGUGUAGAGACGUGUCCUCUUCAGCUGUGGUCUACAGACCUCUGGGAACACUGAAACGCACCAGACCAGAGCAGCAAACCCACGAUGUGGACCGUGCUGAUUGGCUGUUUGAGGGGGCGGACCUGGCCCCUGUCAGGAAGAGGGUGAUGAUGCAGGAGGCCACACCCACAACGCUCACUAACCCUCCCGACGAUCCUCUUCCCUUCACACCUCUCGUCACCGGAGACUACAUGGACUGUACCGAAUCUAAUGACGAUGAGGAGGGGGAGGAGGGAGAGAGAGGUGGGGAGGAGAGAGACCUGGAGGAAGGAGAGAGAGGUGGGGAGGAGAGAGACCUGGAGGAAGGAGAGAGAGGUGACCUGGAGGAAGGAGAGAGAGGUGGGGAGGAGAGAGACCUGGAGGAAGGAGAGAGAGGUGGGGAGGAGAGAGACCUGGAGGAAGGAGAGAGAGGUGGGGAGGAGAGGGAUGAGGGGUCUGUAUCUAAUUCUGGCCCCCCUCCUCGCUGGGAGGAGUUUUUCACCACGGAGAUACUGACGGACAGCCAGACCAGCCAACCAAACUCCUGCUCUCACACAAGCCCCUCCCACUCUCCACUGACAGGCUCCCAGACCCCAGAGCUGUUUGUUGAUGACUUCGUCACACUCCCCUCGCCGUCAAUUCCUCUCUCGGCUGGGCGAGGCCCGAGUCAGGCUGACAGCAUGCUCAUCCAAUCAGAAGACCGGUGUCAGGGAGAUGCAUUGACCAAUCUGGAGGCUUGGGGGGAGGAGUGUGGCAACCACACUAACCAAUCAGAGCCAACGGAGUCUCAGAUGUCUUCGGACUUUGACAUCCCGUCUACGCCGGAUUCGGACCGACCCGGACCAGACGAGCUCAGCGAUCUGUACAGGAGACUGGCCGCUGGAGAGGAAGUGGUCACCAGGACAGGAAGUCAGUCCCUCUGA